AUGAAGCAAGAGUCAAACGAUACAACCGCCAUGAAGCGUACCGCACACACGACCGUACCGGGGAACGAUCCCAACUGGCAAGCGCCACAUCGGAUCUAUCUCCAGCAGCAGCAGCAGCAGCAAUCACACCAGCAGCGGCCAUUGUUUGACUACGAGUUUUGGAAGAAUCCGGACGAGUUGACCGAGCUGCAUUUCCUGAUGCCGAACGGGGUGAUGAUCACGAUGUGCAUACCCAUCCACAUCACGCUGGAGGAGCUUAAAACGGAUGUUUGGGAGGAAGCCGAACGCUACCCGUUGUACUGUCAUCUGGGUGACAAGAACAAGUACUGCUUUAGCACGCUGUCGUCAGGCAGAACCAACUGUAACACUACGCACGAGAAUGAGGCAACGCGGCUGAUGGACGUCCAGCCCGCCCUCGGCAUACUGCGCUUCGUCGAGCGGAGCAACGUGUCGGAAGAUACGAAGCUGAUGGAGAACAUUAGCAUCCUGCUCGACAGCAAGCUACCGGUAAAGACGCUCGUCAACCCGGAGGUGAACGAUUUCCGCGCGAAGAUGACGAUGCUGAGCGAAGAGAUCGGCAGCCGACGGGCGGUAAUGACGCGCAUGGAGCGUAUCGCGUACCAGUAUCCGGCGAAGUUGGUGAGUGGUGCACACGUGCCAGAGCCGCUCAGUCGACGGCUGGCGAACGGGGAUGCCCACUUCUGUGUGGUGGCGAUCAGUACGGAUAUGCAGGUUACGGUGAAGGUACCGUGCCGGGCAACACCGGAUGAGGUACUGAACCGGAUACUCGAGAAGAAGCGAAUCUCGUUGAAGGCCCGUAUGGACAACAGUGGCGACUUCAUACUGAAGGUGUGCGGACGGGAAGAGUACAUCUAUGGGGCGCAUCCGAUGAUCAGCUUCCAGUACGUGCAGGAUUGUUUGUCGCGUGACGAAACGCCCACGUUUGUGCCGCGCUUGGUACGUACGGUGGAGGUGUUCAAGAGUGACAUCUACGACGCUCGGGAUGAUUUUACGCAAUGGUCGAGUACGACUGCUACCACGAACACUACGUCCUCGUCGCUGGUGUCGACGUCAAAUUCGGUGUCGACUGUGUCGCUCGUGUCGGUCGGUAGUAGUGGCAAGCAUAAUAGCAGUAUUGCAAGUACCGGGAGCAGUAUGUUUAGCAGCGGCAGCCAGUCACAGCAGUCACACACACUGCGCAAGGUCAAGUACGUCACCAGCUGGGAGGUGGAUGCGAAACUACAGUGUACGGUACACGAGAUCCGUGGCCUAAAUGUUGAAUCCGACAAGGAGCUGGGUGUGCAGUUGGGGCUCUUUCAUGGCGGCAAAUCACUCUGCAAGACAGCUCGAACACGUACCGUCACCGUAAAUGGUGGCGUUGCGAUGUGGAACGAAACGAUCUACUUCGACAUUAACGUGAGCAACGUGCCGCGUAUGGCACGACUCUGUCUGGUAGUGUACGAGAACAUGCGUACGGCCAAGAGUACGGGCAUCCGGACGCGCCGUACCAAGGACGGUUUGAUCAAUCCGAUCGCCUGGGUAAACACGAUGGUGUACGACUACAAGAACCAGCUGAAGUCAGAAUUGGUGACACUGUACACCUGGGACUACGCAGAGGACGCCCAGUCGGAGGACAUAUUGCAUCCGCUCGGGACGGUCGAACCGAACCCGAACCGGGACAAUAUGGUCGUGUCGGUACUGUUAAGUUUUGGACCGUACGGACCGGAAGGGCGCAUUAUCGUGUACCCGGGCGAGGAAGAGCUGUUGGCGCACGCGGCCAAGAUGAGUCACCGGAACGAGCAUCUCAAUCGGGAGAGCAAGGAGGAUACGCGCUCCAUCAAAAAGAUCAUGUCGGCGUACAUGUACAACGACCGGUUGAACGAUAUCCACGAGCAGGAUCGUAACGCAAUUUGGGCGAAGCGGCGUGACUGCAUGCUGCAGAUGCCGCAGGGUCUGCCCUGUCUGCUGUACUGCGUCGAGUGGAACAAUCGGGACGAAGUGUCUGAGAUUGUGUCGUUGCUGCAGGAGUGGCCCAAGCUGCUGAUCGAGCGUGCCCUCGAACUGCUGGACUAUGCGUACGCGGACAGGUACGUCCGUCGGUACGCGGUGGACUGUUUGCGGACGAUCGAGGAUGACGAGCUGUUGCUGUAUCUGUUGCAGUUAGUGCAGGCCCUGAAGCACGAGUCCUACCUGAACUGUGAUCUGGUGUACUUCCUGCUGCAGCGUGCCCUCCACAACCAGCACAUCGGUCACUAUCUGUUCUGGCAUCUGCGGUCGGAGCUGUCGGUACCGUCGGUGCAGGUUCGGUUCGGUUUGAUACUGGAAGCGUACCUGCUCGGAAGUCCCGAACACGUGGGUGUACUGUUGAAGCAGAUGCAGUGUCUGCGCUAUUUGCAAAUCUGCUCCGAUAACGUCAAGAAGGGUAGCAAAGAGAAAGGCCGGGCGUUGCUAAUGGAGCAGCUGGCAAAGGAGGGUCAUUUGACCAGUGAUCUGAUCAGUCCACUAAAUCCAAGCUUCCGAUGUAAAGGUGUCCGUACGGAGCGGUGCAAGGUGAUGGACUCGAAGAUGCGCCCGCUGUGGAUAGUGUACGAGAACAGCGAUCCGAAUGGGGAUGAUAUACAUAUGAUCUUCAAGAAUGGUGACGAUCUGCGGCAGGAUAUGCUCACGCUGCAGAUGUUGCGUAUUAUGGAUCGUAUCUGGAAGAGCCACGGCUACGAUUUCCGGAUGAAUCCGUACAGCUGCAUCAGCACCGACCACAAGCUCGGCCUGAUCGAGGUCGUGUUGAAUGCGGAAACGAUCGCUAACAUACAGAAGGAGCGGGGCAUGUUUUCGGCAACGUCCCCGUUUAAGAAAGGUUCACUGUUGGCGUGGUUGCGCGAGCACAACAGUACGGACGAGUUGCUGGCGAAAGCGAUUCAGGAGUUUACGCUCAGCUGUGCUGGGUACUGUGUCGCGACGUACGUGCUCGGCGUUGCGGAUCGCCACUCGGAUAACAUAAUGGUGAAGAAGACGGGCCAGCUGUUUCACAUCGAUUUCGGGCACAUACUGGGACACUUCAAGGAGAAAUUUGGCUUCAGGCGGGAACGUGUACCGUUUGUGCUGACGCACGACUUUGUGUACGUGAUCAACAACGGGCGGACGGAUCGAGAUGCACAGGAGUUCUGCCAAUUUCAGAAACUCUGCGAAAAAGCUUUUCUUAUACUGCGCCAGCACGGUUGUCUCAUACUGUCGCUCUUCUCGAUGAUGAUUUCUACCGGGCUGCCGGAACUGUCGUCGGAAAAGGAUCUCAACUACCUUCGAGAAACGCUGGUUUUGGACAAAACCGAUGAGGAAGCUCGCAUACAUUUCAUGCACAAGUUUAGCGAAGCGCUUGCUAACUCGUGGAAAACAUCUCUAAACUGGGCGUCGCACAACUUCUCCAAAAACAACCGUCAGUGACAGCAGUCCUAUGCCGCGCGCAACCAUCAAACGAUGUAGUGUGUAGUGGGAAGUGUAGAAGUGGUAGUAU